ACAUAUCAUUUUGUUGAAAUCACAGCAAAAAAGCAAACGAGCAAAGCACGCAAACACAAAUCAACCUUACCCCAUCAUCAACAUCAAAAUCUAAUCAAAGCCCAUUAAAAAUCUCAUCUUUUCUCACGACCCCAUUUCUGAAAUUUCAGAUUUGAUCGAGAAACAAGAUUGUGUGUAUAUGUGAUAAAGAUGAUGACAAUGGAAGGGAUGAUGGAUGGAGGGGUGUUGGAUGAUAUAAUAAGGAGAUUGUUGGAAGGGAAAGGUGGGAGCAAACAAGUUCAGCUGUCAGAGGGAGAAAUCAGACAGCUUUGUGUCAACGCUAGACAAAUCUUUCUUUCUCAGCCUUCUCUUCUUCAACUCAGCGCUCCCAUCAGGAUCUGUGGUGAUGUACAUGGUCAAUAUCAAGACCUAUUGAGACUUUUCGAGUAUGGAGGAUUCCCUCCUGCUGCCAACUACCUUUUUCUUGGAGAUUACGUAGAUCGUGGCAAGCAAAGCUUGGAAACCAUAUGUUUGCUUUUGGCAUAUAAGAUAAGAUAUCCUGAUAAAGUGUUCCUGUUGAGGGGAAACCAUGAGGAUGCAAAAAUCAAUCGGAUAUAUGGCUUUUAUGAUGAAUGUAAAAGGAGAUUUAAUAUCCGGCUUUGGAAAAUAUUCACCGACUGCUUUAAUUGUUUGCCUAUUGCUGCAAUUAUUGAUCAUAAGAUAAUGUGCAUGCAUGGAGGACUUUCGCCGGAAUUGGAGACCUUGGAUCAAAUUAAAAAUAUUCAGAGGCCCACUGAAAUUCCAGAUAAUGGACUUUUAUGUGAUUUGCUCUGGUCAGACCCUGAUCCUAAUGUUGAGGGUUGGGGAGAUAGCGAUCGAGGUGUCUCAUGUACAUUUGGAGCUGACAUAGUUGCUGAAUUUUUGGAAAGGAAUGACUUGGAUCUAAUAUGUCGUGCUCAUCAGGUUGUGGAAGAUGGCUAUGAGUUCUUUGCUAAACGUAAACUUGUCACAAUAUUUUCUGCUCCAAACUAUGGGGGCGAGUUUGACAAUGCAGGUGCACUGUUGAGUGUAGAUGAAUCCCUAAUGUGUUCUUUUGAGAUUUUGAAACCGGUUGAGAAGCCAGGCACGUCAAAGAUGCCUCUUAGAAAGCCCCCCAAAAUUGGAACGUCCGCAUAACAGAAGCGUAAAUAAAAUUAGUCCUACACAACUUGUCAUUUUUUCCUUCGGUGAUGAGCCGUAUAUCACAUAGAAUCUAUCCUUCUUUAUCAAUCAUGGCUUGGAUCUAGAGUGAGAUUGAUUAGUGAUAAAGAUGAGAGAAGAUUGUGCAGUAACAAGCUUCCAUCUGUGCAGUAACCCAAAAUUUUCAAGUUCAUUGAAAGGGCGCCCAGUUUUUAGUAAUUAGAAUAUUCGAGGUGUUAAGUGACCCAUAAUUUUUUUACUGUGUAUUUGUAAAUCGUUUGUGAUUCUCAUCUUAUGUUCUGUUUUGAGUUGCUCAUUGUGCAUUUGUUUUGUUGUGUUGACAAUCCCAUGCUUUGGAGACGGCCCUAAGGAUGGAUGAACUGUGUAAUUUAGGGAUUUAACUACUUAAGCAGAGUGCCUUGUGAAAGAAAAUGCUUGGUUUUUUGCA